AUGAGGUCUAUGGAAAAUGGAGCAAAUUGUAUUAUUCCAGUACUGCUGGAGCCAUGUGAAAUACCAGUCACGCUGAAAGCUUUAACUUACAUCGAUGCAACUGCUCCUGAUAUAGAUAUACCUGCAAAAAUAGUUUCUGCUCUAAUACAAGGAGAGGCUGACUGUUUACCCUAUUCAGAAAUGAAUGAAAAUGGUUACAGCAUUACUCUUCAAGCACAAACAACUUCUCGCAUUCUUCACUGUCUACGGAUUCCAACCAAGUACCAGUUUAAAAUAGACACACAUCUCUUACAGAAGCUUGAAAGCAACAAAAUAAAGGUUUCAGAGCGACUUUUGGAAGAUGCAACAAGAACAAUCAACCAAGAUUCUGUGAUGAAUUCCUACGAUUAUCUUCGAAGAAGGAAUAUUGUUUGUUGGAGUGUGUUGACAAUUCCAUUCUUCGUACUGUUGUUUUUCUUCUUGUAUUAUAUGACCAUUGUCACACGUGCAUCUAGGACACCUUUCUCGGAAGAAGAUAUGCGAUUUAUUACCAAUACUUUUGCCUCUUUAAUGACAUGCAUGCCUUCAGUUUACGGCUUCUUUGCGUUGCUACUGAUUUGCGUUUUGCCGAUAAUCUGUCGCAGACGAAAAGCAGUAGUUAGACUACAGAAAACUUUACUACAUCUAUAUGAAGACGAAUUCAUCAGCAAUAACAUUCUUCUUAUCUUCUCGGGUAGAAAAUACAAACUACCAACUUUACACAUCAUGCGUUACAACAUUAAAAGAUGCAGAGACUAUCUAACUGUACUUGUGAAAAAGAAAAAUCCACAUUCUACAUGUGAAGAUGCGGAGUUAUAUGCGCGUUCGCUUAUCCAUGCGCAUUUGGAGGAAAUUAGUUUGGUGCUAGCAGAAAACUUCGAGAGUCUACCAGAGCGACCAUAUAACAGACAUACUGUAAAGAAAGGCAGAAUGUGCAUGUGUCAGAUCAUAGAAAACGAAGGCAUGCACUGAGAAGAAAACAUAAGGGAUAGAGGGACAUCAUCACUCCAUCUUAAAGUAUCAAAUAGACCUAUGUGAAAAACAAACAUAAAUACAUGUAUGUAAAUUACGCGUUGUGAAUGCAAACUUAAAUAAUUAGAUAUUUUUCGGAGGAAUACAGGAGUAUAUUUUUCCUGUUAGUAUUUCUUCUCUUUUUUUUUUUUUUGGCAGCGUAAUGGUGCCAGGAGAGGAGAGAUUUGUAGUAACUCUUACGUUGGACAUAAUAGCUUCUAAGUACGACUUACUACCUCGUACGCAGGACGUUUCCGAACUCCAAUGUAUAACUUACUUUCAGUUCUGUCCUUGUCUUGCAUUAAUCAUGCGAUUUAUGUGUGUGUCCCAGGAUAGGCCAGUGGAUGUUAGGAAACUGAUUCUACUUAUACAUUAUAUAGAAAUAAUUAGUUGUAACUGGAUUUUUAGAUCUGCUGAUACGAUUGACUUGAUAUUUUGAGUAUCUAUUCAGUGUUUUGAGAAUACAUAAGUGAUUGAAUUGAUAUCAGAUACGCACUGAAGGAAUGCAAUAAAUGUUCCAGAAACCAGGAGUGUACAGGAACGCGACAUAUCUUAGUUUUACUGUGAUUCAAAUGAAUGCAUUCUUUGUCAAAUGCUAUUAUCAGUUUUAUAAUAAUUUGAUGAGAAUUCCUCAAAUUUAUUUGGUAUUUAAUUGUUAUCAGUUGUUAAAGUUAAGUAAAUAGUGUAAGGUUCAUGGUCUACUAACUACUAAUGAACAUUAUUAACGUACCUGGCAUCUCAAGAAACAUGUUGCAUGAAUAAAACAAGGAUGAAUAUCCAACAGGGAAAGCCACUUUCUAAAAACGCAGCCUCCCCAAACUUAAACCCAGCAUGCGGAC